ACGUAUAUAAAUAUAGAUGUAGACACACGUAAUGUAUCGUUGGUGGUGGUGGUGUUGUCCCACUAGUCUAAUCUAUGCCCCCAUUGACGGCGAUGAAAGGUGAAGCACAAAACCUGUUUCCAAACACAACCCUGAAGAUGAGGCAUAAUAAGCUCAACGGCUCUCCUCGUAACGGCGUUAAAGGAUCAAUGAACGGAGUCGGAUACACCACCACCAACAACAACAAGAACAAGAUGGGGAAUAGAAUGGGUGGUCUGUUAGCCAAUGCUUCGUUCAUGAGUUGGAGGCCCAGGGAUUUAUCCGCUGUGUUGAAGUACCAUCCCAUACCAUGUGUCUUCGCUGCAUCACUCCUCUUCUUCAUGUUCGUGGAGUACACCCUCCGCAUGAUCCCACCUUCAUCCCCACCGUUCGAUCUGGGCUUUGUGAUUACGACACCACUUCAUCGUCUUCUUGCUUCCAGACCCGCUCUCAAUACUCUGCUAGCCGGACUUAAUACAGUGUUUGUGGGAAUGCAAACGACCUAUAUAGUGUGGACGUGGGUGGUGGAAGGGAGGCCAAGAGCAACCAUAUCGGCGCUGUUCAUGUUCACCUGCAGAGGCAUUCUUGGUUAUACGACACAGCUUCCUGUGCCUCAGGGAUUCUUGGGUUCGGGGGCGGACUUUCCGGUUGGGAAUGUCUCCUUUUUCCUGUUCUAUUCUGGCCAUGUUGCUGCAUCGGUGAUUGCAUCGCUAGACAUGAAGCGGAUGCAGAGGUGGGAAUUGGCGGGGACAUUCGACACGCUCAACAUUUUACAAUUCGUGAGGCUGCUGAGCACAAGGGGCCACUACACAAUUGACUUGGUGGUCGGCGUGGGAGCUGGAAUUCUGUUCGAUUAUUUAGCUGGAGAAUAUGUGAAGAGCAAGAAAAAAGCAGAGGCAAAGAGUACUACUAGUCCUACUGGUAAUGGUAAUGGUAAUGGCAAUUGCAGCCUCUGAUAUCCCUUAUGUUUUCAUGUACAGUUAAGUUGUAUCAAGUAGAGUGCCUUGAGUCUGUUUAGUUACUGUCAUGUUAAGUGUAUGAAAGUCUUAUCAAACCCAUCUCCCAUGGUUUUUCUUCUUCCACAUUUCCUCUUGAACAAGCCCAUUAGCGCCUGUUUUGUUCCGUUCUCUGAAAAUUAAAAAUUAUAAAAUUGUGCAAAAUUUGUUUGGAUGGCAA